GUGGUUUAUGUGAAAGAGCUGAGCGAAGGCAGCGCGCAUCGUAUUGGCAUAUCUCCUCCCGCUCUGUUGUGAUUAGUGUGGGUGCCUGCGUCACGGUUGUCCAGUCGUCGAACGCCAUACCGGCCGCCUCACGCUGGCGCCUUCCCUUCUACCUCCUCAAGUAUCCGAUUCCUUUCCAUCGAUAUAUAUACCUACAGUUGUGUUACUCCGGGUGAGUGUCGACGGCUGUUCGAGGGCGGUCUCUGUUCCAGGUACGCAUUCGCCACGGUCACCCGACGGUGGCUUCCUCAAAGGCGUGCCGCCUCGCAGCAGUCCAGAUCUCUGCUGGCGCACACCGCUGUCGUUUCUUAUACAUCUAACACGAACGGUGUAGUUGGAUUUGUUGUUGCUAAGAAAAGGAAGAUAAAACGCACAGCCGAAGUGUGCAUCACACUGAGCUCUCAUAAGUACUUCACUUCUACGCGCGAAAGAAGCGUCGUAUAUAUUUUUUCUCUUUUGGUAGUUACCUGCUUAGUUAAAUACAUUUUUGUGAAGGAAAGUAGAAGAGUAGAAGAAGGAGAAGGGAGAAGAAACGCAUACCCCUGCGAGCACUCUGCGCGAGAACUGCGUGUUCCUUUAAGGGCGACUGAUCAGCCUUGCCGGCGCACGUCACACACACGAGAUCCCUCUUCUAUUUCGUACUGCGUCCGUCCUUCUUGCAUCGAAGGAAAGGGGCGAUUCAAAACAAAGCAAGAGAAAGGGAGUGUUAUAAAACUCUUAAAAAAUGAAAGAAGAGGCAAAGAAGCACGGCCUCGUCAUGGACCGUCCUUCUGGCGACCGCACGGUUUCCUUCCGCCCCCACCUCGCAGGACCACUGCCCAGCUACACCACCAGCAACGGCAGCACCCUCGACACGGAUGCCUCGCCGCGCAUCCCGAGCACCGUCACACAGGGCUAUGCCCCGCUGAGCCCUUCUACCAGUGCCCUGCGCACACGGCGUGUGGCGUCGCAUCGACGUCUGCAAGGUGGCAGUCCAGGCCGGGGCAGCGGCAGCACACGCUCCGACGUCAGCUUCGAGGCCCCGGCGCAGCUCGCCACACUGCUGCAGCGCAGCGGGUCACCGUCGGUCACGACGAUCAUACCACCCCAACUGCGCAGCGUGGACUCGAUGGCGGACAUCGUGUCGGCGGCGCCCCCGAUGAUGCAAAGCCCUGCCGGUCCUUACUUCGACAGCGCCUCCCCCACCACCGUGGGUCGCGACAACGCCAUGAUGCAGGAACUCAUCGCCCUCCAGCAGCAACAGCAGAGCAAUCUGAAAGGGGUCACCGUGAUUUACCCGCAAAGGGUCUCGCCCACAGAAGGGCACGGGCGCAUGCCGGACUUCCCCAGCCCGCACGACGCCCAGUCCAUCGGCGAGGACAGCGCAAAUGAAGACCGUGUACAGGUGCGCGUGGAGGGCUACUACGACGGCGCCAAUGUGAAUGUGCUAAUCCCAAACGACCUGCCGCCGAGCACGCUGCUGUACGUCCUUACCGCCUCGGACGGGCGUGACUUAAUGUUCAAGCUAACACAGUACAGUCUGCAGCUCGCUAUUUGCUUCCUGAAGAUGCCCUCGCUGUUCUCGCCCGAGGUGCAGGUCUUCACCGGUCCGUGGGCGGAGCGCCUCUACCGCAACUACAACACCAUCCGCCACGGCCGCAGCCUCUUCAAGAUGGGGCGGGGGUUGCUAAACGUAUUCACGGUGCAGGCGGUGUGCGAGCGAAUGUGGAUGAGGUACGAGAACGCCAUCUCGCGCCAGAGCUGCGGCGUCCUGCUGCCGGUGGUGACGCGAGUGGAGCAAGUGCUGUUGAUGCUGGGUGCAUCGCCAGUGUGGGGACGUGCCAUGUCCCGGCAGCUCUUGCAUUGGUCUCAGGCGGCUGAGCUUACGCCGGGGCAGGGCCGGCUGGAGGAAUCGCCGGAGGCAAUGGCGAUGGACCGGCGUAUUCAGGAGCGCAUGCAGGGCAAGAAGGACAGCAUCUACCCCGGUGCGCUGCUGGCGGACGACACCUUCAUGCACAUCUCAGAGGUAGAGCGUGGGGAGCCGGGCAGCGGUGGUGCAGGUGGCGGCAACAAAGCUGGUACUUCAGGCAAGCAGGAGGACGCCGAUCGCAGCGGCCUUCUCCAACGGAUGGCGAACGCCAGCUUUACCGACCUCGCCAUUCACACGGCAAUGAAUGCGAUCGGCAUUUCCGUGCCGCGCGGGGGGCCGUCGGCCGGGCCGAGGAACUUCGCCGCCUCCCCGCCGCCGUCGCAGCCUGUCCUGCCACACAGCCCGGCAGACGAGGAGAGCACGUCGCCAGAGCACUCGAGCAAGGCGUCGCCGCGCAGCUUCCGCGGUGCCUUCCCUUCGCCGACCUCCCCGGCCACCAACGAUGCAACCUCCGCCGCGACACCCGCGUCAGAUGCGAAGGGCAGCACGGACUCGACAAAGGAGCCAGCGAAGGGCACCGCACCAACGACCUCGAACACGGCGAACGGCCCAGACCCGAUCACGGUUGAUCAGGCAGGAAGGACGCCAGCGACGACGGAGGCGACGUCGACGGUGGCGUCCACCGGCAAACAGCGCGUUGACACGUCCACCAGCUCCUCGGCGGACGACGGGUCCGGGCCAAUAGAGCACGCGGAAGCCCCGCCGUAUGUGCAGGGCACCUUGCCGGAGUUCCCGCAGCACGACCACCUGCCUGGCAUGACGCCGUCCAAGACGACAACCGCCACCACCGCCACCGCCACCCAACCCAUGAUGGACUCGUACAACGUCGCCGAGGGAGAGGAGGACGGUGGACGCACGACGCUGCUCCGGCCGCUGACCCGGCCCACCCGUCGCUCCUCCACCACCGACCCAGAUGGAAGCAUCACGGGCGACGAGGGCCCGUCCUCCAUGCCGAAUGCCGCCGGGCCCCACUUCGCCGGAGAGCCGAUGUCGAUGAUGGACAACUGGCGGCCCGCGAUGGCGCCGACUGUACCGCCGAGUCAGUCGGAUGAAUACGGCUACGGCACGACACCGGGCUUUGCGGACCACGCCGGCCACCUCUCCCCCACCUCCCCCAGCCCGCCCCCGCAGUCAUCAGGGAAGAAGGCAAAGGACUGCAACGGCGUUGCUGCGCGGUCGAAGAAGGCGCCGGUGCGCAGCUCGGACAGGGACACCGCAACUGCUGCUGCCGCCGCUGUUAGUAGUACCAGUAGUAUGGAUGACGGUGCGGCACUAGACGGAAAUCUGGCAUCCGCGAAACACGCGCAUGAAGAACAGCGCCGCCCCAAGAGGGAGUGCCCGCCCUUCGAAACGGACCCCGCGCUGCAGGCGCCGCCCGCCCCGGGCCCCGCCGGAUCCCCCGUCUCCCCCUCGUCCUCCCUCUCUGCGACGCCGAAGCAGGCCGUCAACGAGGAGCUGAACGAGAGCGACAUGAGUAUUCUCUCCUCCGAGGCAAACAGCAGCUUCCACGUCCGCCCUGGUGGGGUGAGUAGGACGAUGACGGCGUGGCUGAACGAGCUGCAGCCGGCCUCCGCGGCCCUGCCGGCACGUCUGCGGAAGGGAAUAAUGCAGUUCAAUCCCGUCCUCAUGACGUUGCUCGGUAUCCGCAACGUCGCAGCGGGGCUGCGGCGCUUCCUGCGCGACGCCACCCUCAUCUCGUCGGAGCGCUUAACGGCCGUCACCUUUAUUGAGGUGCACCGCCGCAGCAUCACACGAUUCAUCAACCGCUGCUGGUUUAUCAUCUCCGUGAUCGACCUCCUCCUCAACACGGUUCGCCUGCUGCAGCCGGGCUGGACCAAGUACGCGACGGCGCGGCAGAACAUCCGAUGCCGCUGCGGCUGCCAGGGCGACGACGACCCGGCCGACACGGUCUUCCGCACCCACGGCUUCAUCGCCCGUCGCAAGACCGAUCUCUUCUUCCCUCCGCUGAACCUCGACUACGGGGCACCGGUGGUGUCGAGCAUCGCCUACGUUGAGGCGGCCGACCCAGCACGACUCAUGCCCGCCUGUAGCCGCUGUGGGUGCUUGUACAAGGAGCUGCCCUGCGAGGCGGCCGCGUUUGAGGGGGAGGGGGGAGACGAGGACGAGGCGGCGGCCACGUCCUCCACGGCAGGGGGACCAGCUCCUCUGCCCAUCGCCACAGGCGGCAGCGCCGCACAUCCCCGCCCCAGUCCCUUCUUGGUGCCGAGUGGACACCCCUCCCGAACCCUCAGCGACACCGGCGACAACUCCUUCGCCAUCGGUGCCAUGCAGCGCGAGAAGCCGAGGUGGGUGCAGAUGUACGAGGCGGAGGUGCACGAGGCGGAGGAGGCGCGGCGCCGCACGGCCGCCAAAACGGCAACGCCGGAUGCCGCCGGCGCCGGUGGUAGUGGUGGUGGCCGUGGCAACAUGGCGCGUCGUGCAACGCAGAAGCCCAGUAGCGACACCAAAGCCAACGCCGACGCAGACGGGGCAGGUCGCACGACAGCGGCGGAGCUGGUGGAUCUGGCGCCGCCGCCCCCCAUGGGCAACACCGCAGUGCGUCCCCUCCACCCGCAGCCGAGCCGAGACACGAACGACGCCUUCGUCCCCGGCGAGGCGGCGGCGGCGGCGGAAGGCCCUAGCAAAGGCACCACCGGCAUCCUCUUUGUACCGUGGAUGAUGCGGAAGUUCUUCGACUACGUGUGGCUGCUGCGCGUGCACCCGAACCUGACGGCGACCAUUCUGCUUGAGGCGCGCUACCUGGCGGAGUUCUAUCUCUCCUACAAGUACUGCUUCACCGAUUACGAGUCGUACAAGGGCGAUGCCCCGCUGAACGCAAUUCUCCACCCGUACUGCGCCAUUGCCGGUAUGGUGAGCGCCGCCGUGGGUCUGCUGCGGGUGGUGGAGAGCGCACCGACGUCAUAA